GUUCCGUAUUUGUUUACAGCCACGCGCGCCGUGUAUUUAUAGCCAGCUGAAGAGCAGAGAGAAGUUUUCAGAUAUUUCUAUGAUUUGCUAAAUUUAUAAAUAAAAUAAAGUAGACUCGAAUAAUCGAUCAUUAAUGAGGUAAAAUCAUGAGCUACGGACUAAUAAAACCCUAAAAUAUCGAAAUCUUAAAAAACAAAAACAAAUGUACUGUAGUUGUAAAGGAACACAUUAACUACAGAUUAUCAUGAAGAUCAGUUUAACUAUAACUUUACAUUGACUUAUUACAAAUAAACGUAUAAGUUACAUAACGUGUGUAACUACAGUCAGUAUAUAUAGAGGCGAAUGAGGGUUGAGUGAGAAACCUGGGCAGUUUGAGAUGUUCAGGCUGAAAUUAUUACCUAUUAAAUCUGUAAAUCAUCUGUUGCUCCGGUUUGGUGUAAAAGUACCCAGUACAGGGGUUCAGGUGGGGAAAGAAGUCUUUCACCCUGUUCCUGAUUUAAUCUGGACACCUGAGAGACGAGCAGUCACACUAACAGCCCUCUCAGAACUGAGCAGGAUUUCAUUCCAUCUCCAAUCAUCACCAGCAGACAUGGAACAGAUCUCAGGGAGAAAAAUGGUGAAAAGGGUAAAGAAGUACUUCAGGAAACCACGGGGACGUAAGGAAAAAGUAACGGAAGCUGACUGCACUAUGAACCUCCUAGCUGAACUUCCCUUUGCUGACACCGAGGUCUUGAAGGAACUUAGUUUCUCUGACCCUGAUGCCCAGGGGAAGAGGAAAGGUAAGAGGAAGAAGAGGGGACAUGCGGAAAAUGAAGAGGAUGAAGAAAAAGAAAAGAAGAAGAAAGAUAGUCCUCGCCCUAACUACUUCGUGUCGAUCCCGAUCACCAAUCAAAAGAUAAAACAGGGGGUGGAGGAAGUCCAGGCUGAGGUGUUACAGAAGGACCCUCGUCUCUCCAGAGCUCUGAUUCCUGUUGGGACGCUUCACAUCACACUGCUCGUCACACACUUGUCCACACAGGAGCAGAUUGACACGGCUGCAUUGGCAAUAGAAGAGAUGGAGCCGACGUUGACGUACCUGGUGGGUGGGCGGAGCCUUGUGCUGCCAUUUCGUGGAAUUGGUCACUUUAAACAGGAAGUAGCGUUCAUCCAGAUCGAAGAGGGAGAUCAUCUCAGUACCCUUACACAAAUCGCAGACUUAGUCAGGAAGGUGUUUGAGGAGAAGGGGAUACCAGCCGGAGACCAGAAAGAUUUUAAACCUCACCUGACCUUCAUCAAGCUCUCACGAGCACCCAAACUCCGUCGUCAGGGAGUCAAGAAACUGGACUCAAGUCUGUAUGUGCUGUUUGAGCAGCAAGUGUUUGGUGAGGAGAACGUGUGCACCAUGGAUCUGUGCUCCAUGCUGAAGAAGAAAGAUGCUGAUGGUUACUACCAUCGUGAGAAGACCGUCACAUUCGAAAAAUCUUCACUUUUCAAGAACUUGACACAUCACUCCUAAGUCUUCACACUAUUUUUAUCUACAUCCAGGUACUUCUUUUUUACUUUGGUUGGAUAUCCAGAGCUUAUCUUUAUCCCAAAAUAAACAUUUUUCAAAUCUCAAUCUGUCUGAAUGUUGAAAAUUUGUGAUCUAGAAAAAUGAAAGCCAUCACUAUAUUUGUGCAUGUAAAGUCUUUUUUGAACUGGAUCCAUGGAGCUUUCCAAAUCAAUACCCUCAUCUUCUGUGAUCUUUAUUACUUUAUAGAUUGUUAGAUCCUAGAAACACUUGAUACUGGAAUCACCAUAAGAAAAUAGCAUACGGCUCCCCGCUCUAGAAAGGCAGACACGAUCCAAAUUCGUAUUGUGAUCUAAAAAAAUGUUAUACUGGCUUGGGAUGUUUCAAAGACAUUUCAAUCUGACUGGUUACACAACGCUCAGGGAAAUGUGUGUUUUCUCUCUCUAGAAAAACAAAACACCACAAACUAAUUUUUUUUAUUUUCUCUUGAUAUUUUGAACACACGAUAUGCAUCUCUACUUUUCUAUUUAAACCCAGACGCUGGAUACUCUAGAUAUUUGAACCACUGAGUGCUCUUCUUGAGAAAAUACGAACACCCAGGUUGCUCUAGAAAACGUUUGCACUGCGUUCUAUAGAGAUCUUUUUCAAUUCUAUGCCUUUUCUUAGAAAAAUAAAAAUGCCAAACACCCAUACUGCUCUGCUCCAGAUGUCUCUGCCCACCCCUGCUUGAUUUUUUAAUCUCUGUUUGCAAUGGGAGACUAUGGAAAAGGUUAUCAUGAAAAACCAGCUGACCGCAGAGACUAUGGAUUUUGAGCAGCGUGGCUCAAUAAUCUGUGUGCUCUUUAGCGGCGAAUGUGUUGGGAACGAUCGGUGAGCCAGCGGGGGGUGAGUAUACGCCGGGGUAGAGGUUCGGUUCUGGUUGAAAUCCUGGGCAAAGCACGGAUCAAUUUUAAAAGUCGGACGUUUAACAGCAAAAAAUGUUAAACAGCACGACUGUUGGCAAAUACAAUUAUUCACAAGAAUCCGGGUAAUAGUGGAGAAUUUUUUACGUCGUACAUUUUCAGCUGGAAAAAAGGAAAUAUUUACUGAAUGAUUCUUAGGGGGCCAAGCACCAACAAUGUGUAGGCACCCCAAUGGUGGUAUCCUUUCUUCUCUGGAAAUUCUGUCUAUCUUCAAUCUUCCUGCUCCUCUUAAAAACAUUGUUCUGUCAUCGUUAGGGUUGCAGAGGGGCGGAAGCUUACACCUCAAACCUUGUUGUCCAUUUAAUCUAGAUUUCACACAUCAUGAGCAAAAAUACUCUUCAAUCUAAUAAUCUAAAAAUCUAAACACGCUGCUUGUGCAGCUGAGAUUAUUAUCACUAUUAU